CGCGGGAGAAGGUGCCACACGCACCACCUGCAGUCGCUCAAUCGCUCAGGUGCUCGCAGCCUGAAGAACCGCCCUUCGAGGGAAGUGGAUGCCCUCGGCGGCGCGCUGCUUGUUUUCCUCCGACAGCAAUGGGGUGAGCACCACACCACACGAUGAGACCACAUGUGAAGCAUACACACUCUCUGAUCUGCCUGGCUGUUGUGCUUUUGCGUGUUGCAGGUCCGAGGAUGGUAGCGACCGUCCUGCAGGAUUCAGGCUCAUCCACAGAAGCGGCAGGCCUCCCGCACGCCAGCAGUCACCGGUAAACCAAUUCCUCCCCGCACAUGACGUAACCAUCCAUCCCGACAAGAUUCUGUCAUGUGUGCUGCUGUCAGGCUUCCAAGCGUCUGUCUGUUGAAGAGCUCUCGCGCGUGUUUGGCCACCUGCAUCCGUGGGAGCUGACGCGGCUGCGGCCCGCCAUCAGCUCAUCGCUCGUCCGCACGUCGGCCGGCCUUUACAGCCACUUAGCGCUGGACUGCUCCAAUGACGAGACCGCCCCGUUCUGGGUGACGAUGCCCUUGAAGUUGGCGCACAGAUGGGGCGAGCGGGCCGUCAACCUGCGCACCAUCACCCUCCGGCAACCCCGAAACAUGAACCUGUGGUGCAACGUGACGAUAGAGACCCUCGUGGAGGGGCAUGCUCGUGGGAGGGCGGCCAUGAUCGACAGAGAGCGGCGUAGGGCGAGCGAGGAAGGCGGGUUGGCGCAGCAGCCGGUGCAGACACAGCCGGAGGGGUCGCUGGAGCACAUCAUCUUCGAUACGGACCCCGGCAUGUCAUGGUGCGACGCCCUCGAGCGAGGCAUCCAGUCAUGCGCCCUCUGUCACGACCCCCCCGGCGCCCCUGCCAGCCCCGUCACGGGCAUCUGUCGAGAUCUGCCCAUGACCGAGGAGGGUGGUGGGGAGAGCGCCGCCGCGAGCCUCAGCCUGUCCCGUGAUGCGUUGGCACCCACCACGCUCCACGGGCUCAAGUCGGUCAAGGGCGUCAAGGGCAUCGAUGACCUGAGCUGGGGCCGCAGCACCUCGCUGAGCUAUCGACGAUGGCAGAUGCCGCAGCUGCACGAGGUGGAGCUGCUGCACGACCCUUGGCGCGAGUCGGGGUUCCUGUGGUCGUCACGGUGUCUGCGGAAGAUCACUGCCGAGGGAGGCAUGUGGGCCAGCAGUUUUAGGGAGGCGAAGGAUGGCACGCUGGCGCAUCUGGAGGGCGUCGUGGGGAUCUGCCUGCCGGACAAACCUGCCGAUGUGCUUCAGCUAAAGGUGCGUGGGGCCGGGAACCAGAGAGAGGGGACUUCACGUGAAACACAUACAUACGGGUACUUGGCGUCUUUGUGUUGCUUCUCAGGCCGAUCUUGUGCGUGGCGGUUGUCGGUCGCUCAAGCGUCUGCAGUUCCGCAAGCAGCCGCCGCGCCCAGACGAACCUGACGACUUCAACUUCUACACGGCCAUCCCGGUCCUGCGGGAGAUAGACAACCUCCGGUCGCAGCUCCCCCACUGCAAGGUGAUGGCGCCUGGCGCAGACAUCGACCUGGAUGUUCCUGCGGCGCGCCAUGUGGCCUUUCUCUGCCCUCCCCACGACAUCUCACUCCCUGCCCCUGACACCCUCCCGGCAUCCGUCAAGACCAUGGCCCGGCAGCUCGCCGGGGCGAUACAGACUGUCGCGUGGGACCCUGGGUGGAGCGAAGAGCACAACAACGCCGCGCCCACCGCACAGCACGUCACCGGCGACCCGGCGGCCUGGCGUGCGACCCGCGUCCACUCGUUUCCAAACGCCAAGCAGCUGUGCAUUGACUCGCGGGACGACUACAGCCCGGCCGAUCAUCCGCCCGACCAUCCUGUGUGGUCGUCGCUGCACCUGCUGCCGGAUCUUCCCUCCAAACAUGAAGCUGAAGGUUUCGACGUUUCGGGGAGGGAGUCUGGCUGUCGAGGCGGUCCACAAGUUGUCGGCAGCCGGGCAGCUCGCCGGAAAGCUCAAGUCGGUCUGUGUCGGUGGCCCGGCGAGCUUCCACGGCCUUGAUGUGCUUGGCGUGUUGGAGGGUAUAGGGAGGGGGGCACUGCUGGAGGAGGUAGAGGUGCGGAUGUGCUACGAGACGGACGGCAUUAGGCUGGGCGAGGUGGCAGAGAGGAUACUGGCCAUCCAAGGGCUCAAAAUCACCAUCAGCCAUCUGUCUGCUGGUGAGACCGAGAGGAGCCACCAACAGAACCGCGAUCCAUUCACUGCGUUGUGUGUGGUCAGCGCCUGCCAGUGCUGAUGUUCCGGUCUGCCACUGCACGAUGGCGACCCUGGCGUCGUCCCUGCGGGUCCGCGGCUUGCAGAGGCUCCAGAUCAUCGCAGAAUGGCUCGACCCAGAGGCAGCCGAGGAGCUGGUGGCGGAGCUGUCUGUGCAGGAUGGCACCAUGCCCGGAUUCAGUGUCGAGUGGCAGCAGAGUGACCAGCCCCGCAAUAAGCAGCACAGACAGGUGACGGUCACAGCCGAACGCCUUGCUGCGGCCGCCGCACGCCCAUCCAGCGCCAUCCCUCCCCAGGCCGCCACCCCGCCCCUUUUCCCGACACACUCACACGCCGCAGCGGCCACUGCUCAUGGCGGGCUCGACAAGCUGGACCACUCAGCAUCCGCUGCUGCCUACCAGCCCGACGGUGCAGCAGCGGCCAGUAGCGGUGGGAUGGUCAAGCUCACGACCGGAUGCGCCGCAUUUGACAAUCUCACCGAUGGAGGCAUAGAGACUGGUACGUGGGGGGCUGGACGGACUGGUGCACAGGGAAGGAACAGCACGCACAGACGGAUGGAUGGAUGGAUGGAUGGAUGUCGCGUCUGUGUAGGUGUGUUGACGGAGGUGUUUGGUGAGUUCGGUUCGGGCGUGGGGGUGUUGUGCCACACGUUGGCGGUGACGGCUCAGCUGCCGGUCGAUCAGGGUGGGGCCGAGGGCAAGAAGGUGGCGUGGAUUGCCCUCGGCCCUCAUCCGAUCUUGCCAGGGCUCAUCAGGAAGAUAGCGGAACGUUUCGGUGAGUGUGGCCCACACACGGGGCGGCAUCCCUCCAUGGGCGCGUUCUGUGUGUAGGUUUGGACGCUAAGCAGGUGCUGAAGAACAUCAGCUACGCGCGUCCGCUCAACUCGGACCAUCGCACGAAGCUGCUGGUGAAGUUGGCCUCGAUGAUGAGGGAGGCUCGAUUCGCACUCCUCAUUGUAGACUCUGCCAUCUCACGCUUCCAACUCGAGAAUUCAGGAUAUUGCCAGGUACCACAUGGGAUGCACCCACACGUCAUGCGUCUCCCUCUGUGUGUCUCUUUGUGGCUGUAAGAGUGUUCAGUUGGCGGGUCAGUUGCGCCUCUGCCAGUUCCUCCGGAAGCUGCAGAAAAUGGCCAAGGAGCUCAAAGUCGCUGGUCGGUCAGCGGGCAGUAAGGGAGAGAGAUCAGGCAGAUGAUCUGUGUCAUCGAUGUCUGUCUGUCUGUCUCUCUGGAUGGAUGGAUGGAUGCAGUGGUGGUGACGAACCAGGUGGAGGCGGCGGUUGACCCCUUGAUGUCGGCGCUCGGCGGGGAGGACACGAAGCCCCUCGCUGGCCACAUCAUGGCGCACGCGUCGCACAGGCGUCUGCACUUGCGCAAGGGCAAGGGUCAGAGCCGCGUGGCCACGAUCUACGACUCGCCGUCGAUGGCCGACAAGGUCGAGGCACACUUCGCCAUCACUGAGGCCGGCAUCGCAGGCAGACGAGAUCAUGGACAAGGACAAGGACAAGGCACGACAUAAGAAAGAUGCUGGUCGAGACGAUGAGUGAUCCACCUCAACACACCACACCGCACCAGAUACACGGACAUAUGGAUGGGCCAAGGGAGGGGGCGCGCAGGCAGAGACGCACCGAUACAUACCGGUUUGCCUGUGCCGAUGGAUGGAUGGAUGGAUAGUACCAGCAGUUGCUUGACCAUGCUGUGUGAGAGGGCUCUUGGCGUCCACGUGCGCACAAACCAGACCACUCUCGCAAAGAGCUGACCGACGCCAUGCAUUGUCGGACGCCUGGCUGCCUUACUGGGUGUGUGCAUUCCCGUGUGUACUUGUGUGUGUUGUGCAGCCCCUGGUUCUCGCCUCCUCUUUCGUAACUGUGCAUAGUACAUGAAGGAAUGUGUAUAUGGCUUUCCUGUCGGUUCCAUCCAGUGCAUCUGGUUCCAUCCAGUGAGCGCGCUCACUCACCGACUUGAGUGUGGCCGGUGUGCGGACACAUAGACAGACAGACAGACAGACAGUCAGACAGACAUGGCAUUGCAUGAGGCGAUGGGUGGAGGGGUGGACUGUAGGUAGCACGGGUGGGGUGGAUGGAUGGAUGGACGGACGGACGCAGUGGUGUACCGUUUGUGUGAGUGUACGUACAGG